AGCUUGAUAAUAUUACCAAAAUUUUUCUCUUUAUUUUCAGAUCACAUUCGGUAUAAACGUCAAUUUGACGAUAUAAACACUCCGGAAAUCGAUUUGAAUAUCACUGUUCCAUAUAUAUUUAGUGCACGUUUGUAUCCUUACGGUAUAUCUCGGGGAGAUCGAAUUCUUAGCGGCAGUUUUCAGCUGCUCAAAUUGCGAAGCUCGCUUAAAUUUCUUGGAGAAAUAUAUAAUUCUGUUUAUAUUCGUCGGGAUGGAAUAAUUAGCUUUACAAGUGCGAAUCCUCGCCCAAGUCGAUUUCCCAUAAAUGAACCAGUUAUUGCUGUUUAUUGGAUGUCUUCACAAAGCGGCAAGGUGUAUUUCCGCGAAACCGACGUUCUGAAUUUGGCUCAAAAUGAAGUUAAUAUACAAUAUCGAUAUGGGUCAUCUAUACAUCCCACUUCAGUCCUUAUCGUUACUUGGGAAAAUGUCCAUGAUGCUGCCGAAAAAAGUACUGAAGCAAAUACUGCAAAUAGCUUCCAAAUAGCUAUAAUUAUAAGUGAAUUAGGCACAUUUGCACACGUUGUUUAUAGCAAGCUGAAUUCGAAUAAUGAUGCAAUCGCCGGAUUUAAUGGAAAAGCUAAUUAUUAUUCGUUACCUGGUUCAGGAACUCAUGAUGCUAUUUUAUUGUCUGAAAAAAGUGAUAUCGGAAUUCCUGGCGAAUUCCUUUUUAGAAUCGACAUGGAUCAAGUUUUUCUUUGCGGAGCGGGCUUUAAGGGAUUAGAAUGCAUUGAAGGAUGUGGUUUAACAGAGUGGGGCUUAGACUGCUCUCACAGGUGCCACUGUGAAGGUAGUUUACAAUGUAAUCCUGAAACAGGUGUUUGUCCAAAUGGCCGAUGUAAUCCGGGUUGGAUUGGUGAACCAAUUUGCGACCAAGAUAUCAAUGAAUGCGAAAAGCAAGCUGAUUUAUGUCCACAUGAACAACCAGAUUGCAUGAAUACUGCUGGGGCUUAUUUGUGUGUUUGUUUUGAAUAUGAUAAUAGCACUAAUAGCUGUAAAGCAUCAUGGGAUAAAAAGCCAAUUCCUGUGCCAGUUAUAUCUCUAGAACCGAAAUUAGCAACAUUCUUAAGAGCAGCCAGCACUGCCUUCUCGUUGCAACCAGAAACACUUUCGACGUUUCAUCCAAUAAAUAGAACAGAGCAAGCUACAGAAACAAUACGAUUCAACUCAGUCACUAUUCGAAAUAUGUUAUGCUUGACCAUUCUGAGUAUUUUCACAUUUCAGCCGGUGCUGGGCACAACAAAACCGCCUUGUCAUUGUGGUAUCAAUGCAGAGUGCAUUAAUGGCAUAUGUCAAUGUAAAUCAGGUUGGGCUGGUGAUGGAAAGUUUUGUGUCGAUAUCAAUGAAUGUUUUGGUGAGCCAAGCAUUUGCGGACCGCAUUCAGCUUGCGAAAAUAGUGCUGGCUCUUACAGUUGUCAGUGUGACAUCGGUUAUAUAUCAGAUGAAAAUGGCAAAUGCAUGGAUAUGGAUGAAUGCGCAGAAGGGGUCGUUAUUUGCGGAGGCGGUAAGAACAGCUCAGUUUGCGUGAAUAUCGAUGGGGGUUAUGAAUGUCGUUGUGCUCCAGGAUAUACUGGAAAUCCGGAUAGUCCUCAUGGAUGUGUCGAUGUCGAUGAGUGCCAACUUUCUGAAUUCUACUGCGGCGAAAGAGGCCUAUGCAAAAAUUUGAUCGGCAGUUAUGAAUGUACAUGUGAUGAAGGCUUUCAAAGAGAUCCACAGAGUGGCCAGUGUGUUGAUACUGACGAGUGCAGAUAUGAUCCGUGUGAUAAGGCAGCACUUUGUUCAAAUUUGUAUGGUUCGUUUAAAUGCUCGUGUAUUGAUGGUUUUGUUGGAAAUGGUGUUGAAUGCCAUGAAACAAUUUUAUAUCCCGUACAGAGGCCGACAUUGUAUUUAUUAAAGAAACCGAAUUCAGUUGCUGAUUUCAGUCUUCCCGAGCCGAUCCAAUUGUUUGGAAAGCAACAUUCGACUAUUUAUAUAUCUUCAAAUGGUGGAGUGAGUUUCGAUUCGCCAUUACCAAAUGACGCUUUUGAAAACAGUCUGAGCACUCCUGCAUUCUUCCCACUCAGCCAACAAUAUAUAUUUGAUAAGAAUUCCAACGUAAUUCUUAAAAUCAUCACUGAUACCGAUGCUCAAGAUUAUCCGUUGCUUGCUCGAUCUUCACUUAGCGUACAUACUAGAUUCCAUCAAAAAGACUUUCGAGCCAGAAAUAUGAUUAUUAUUUCAUACGAGAAAAUGAUUAAUUCGUUCCAAUUAGUGAUCUCCCGAGGUGCAAAUGCGACUUUUCUUACAUACCUUUUUGAAGAAGUAGAAUCUGAGUUCGGAUUCAGUGGUUUUUCAUCUGGUUCCACAUUAUUUGAAUUGCCUCUCGCACUUCUAGUAAAUCAAUCGAAUAUCGGUGAGCGUGGUAAGUGGAUGUUUCGUAUCGAUAGCAAAGAACCACUAAUGUGCCCAGCUGGCACUCUCGAUCCACCACUUUGUCAAAAAGAAUGUGGUGCUGGAUUUUGGGGAUUUGAAUGCAAAAAUAAAUGUCACUGUAAGGACGAUAUUCCAUGCGAUUUUGCGACGGGAUACUGUUCAAAUGCUCAGUGUGCUACUGGUUGGAUUGGAACAAAUUGUUUCCAAGAUAUUGAUGAAUGUUUCAUUGGUCUUCACAACUGCACCGAUCAGUUGGACUGCAUUAAUGAAAUUGGAACCUUCAGGUGCAGAUUUUUUUUUUUAGCGCAAGAUCCAUGUUUCGAAAAGUACAAAGAGAAAUGUUCGAUACACGCGAAAUGCGAUGGAAAUAGUGAAGAAGGACCUGAAUGCAUUUGUAAUAAUGGAUAUCAUGGUGAUGGAUUAAACUGUUUUAAGAUUAUUAACACUCCGACAGGAAACGUUAUUAAUGAUGGUUCUUUAUCAAUACCAGAAAGAAUAGAUAUAAAUGAAGAAGAAGUGGAAGUGACACCUUUCGUUAUGCAUAACUGGAUUACUGAGGUUGCCUUGUCGAUUAAAAUCAAAUUUCCACAUUGUAUGUUGAAUAAAGUGUAA